AUGGCACUUAAGGAUCAGUCAGCUGUACCUUCAACGUGGAAGUCCGUAGGUGGGUGCAAAAGGAGUUUCAGAAGAUUUGUCACAAGCCGAACUACAGCAAGGGUAGCCGGUAAAGGCGCAGGAAAAAACGGACAGACAACCACAAACCGCACUGCAAACUGUAUUACCACCCCUAUGGCAUCUGAUAGUAACCAGAAAAAUGACGCCUCUGGAAGAAGAAACAAUUCCGUGAAAUGGGCCCUGCCUAAGCCCAAAGUGCUAAUCGUACCUCUUCUCGCUAUUUUGUAUGUCCUAUCAUUGCAUGGCCUAUUCGCCCGAAAGGAUGUCCAUCAUUCGAGAUCGCUAGUUGAAAGAACCACAGUCCCUUUUGUAUAUAUGCCGCAGGUAGCAACUGCCCCGCCUCCAACUAAUGGUUGUAUCCCCCUGGUUAUUGAUGCCUUCGUAAAUAGUAGCAACAAGAAGUCAGAAAAUGAUAAGAAAUCAAAAAAGGAUAACAAGAAGGCUACUAAUGAGAAGAAAUCAGUGAAGGAAAUCUGGUGGAGAUUGGCUAAAAAAACAAAAGAGUGUGCCAAGGCAACAACACACAGUGAGUUGAAAAAGGAUCCCAAUGAACCCCGUGUUCUGCUCGUUUCCCAUAAUCUACACUCCCCCGUUGGUGUGAACUGCCCACCUGAUCCGUGUAAUCCGCACGACCCGCAUGCUCCCGUCAGUUCAUGUGACCCAUCGAAUACCCACCAUCCCCAUGAUCCAGUGAACCCUCAAGACCCACAUAAUCCAGUGAGCCCUCAAGACCCACAUAAUCCAGUGAGCCCGCAAGAUCCACAUAAUCCAGUGAGCCCGCAAGAUCCACAUAAUCCAGUGAACCCUCAAGACCCACAUAAUCCAGUGAGCCCUCAAGAAACAUGUGAUCCAGUGGAACCCCAAGAUCCAUAUGAUCCACAGGACCCCCAAGAUCCAUAUGAUCCACAGGACCCCCAAGACCCAUAUGAUCCAGUGGACGCCCAUAACCCAUACGAUCCUGAUGAUCCACGUGAUGCACAGGACCCCUACGAUCCAUACGAUUCUGAUGAUCCACCUUACGCACAUUACUUAAAGGAUCCAGAAAAACAGUACGGAAUUUACGGCAGCAAGAAGAAGCCCAGCACGAUAAUAGAUUCUACGUCCUGCGAAACCCGUACGCCUGAGGAAAAUAUCGAGUUCUUCUUCUACAGCACGAGCACCUAUGUGUAUUAUACGGAAGAAAUGAAGAAACGAAUUUUCGCAAAUGGUCCCGUAUUGACAAAAAAAUACAUGGCGGAAAUCUUUUUUGAAUUAUGUGAAGAACAGAAGGAAAACUUCCUCUUCAUGAAGGAAACCAUGUCCAAAAUAUCCUUCAUGUUAGCAUCUCAAUUUAAAUUGCCAAAUGAAGAACGAUCCAAAUGUUGGACCCAUCUGAAUAAUAAACUUAAUAAAGUAAUGAACGAAUUUGAUCUGCGCGACCGUGAGGACUUCAAUCAUUUUUUGAUGCAAAAAAAACGUCACUCUGUUGAAGAUUUCGAGCGUUUUAUCGAAAACAGAAUUUGCUUAUGGAACAAAAUUACCAGAGAAAAUAGAUAUGAAUCUUUUCUAGAAUUGUAUAAGAAUUUAAAUAAAGGUUCCUUCAGGAAAAAAUUUCCAUAUAAUAUUAAAAAUUAUCGACCUCCGCAAGCAGAUGACUGUUAUGCUGCUAGUAACCCAGACAUGCCGCAAGAACCCCCCUGUGCUAGCAUCCCCGCUACGCCUCACAACACUUUAAAUGCCGGAAAUUCUCCUUUACAACAGUGCAGCAACGGCAGCGUCAACGCCAACGUCGGAAGUGGACCUAAGCCAAACGGUGCCUUUAGAUCUAGUAGCCCCACUGUACAGGGUAGAAAUUUGGGAACCCCUACCACCGCUAUGCCGAACAGCAAUAUAUGCACUACUAACCCUGCUAUACCGCAAGCGAACGUCAGUACUGUUAAUAGGCCUAUUCCGUGCAACACUGUCAAUGCCAAUAGUACACCCAUGUCGAAUAACACCAUCACUGCCAGUAACGCUCCUGCGCCCUGUAGCACUAAUAUUUCUAGCAUCCCCGUCAUGCCGCAAUCCCCGUACAACACUUUGAAUGCUAAUGUUACUACAGCCUUGCCUGCCAACACUUUGAAUGCUAAUGUUACUACGGCCUUGCCUGCUAACACUUUGAAUGCUAAUGUUACUACAGCCUUACCUGCCAACACUUUGAAUGUGAACCCCGCAACCAUCCCACCUUACACGACGAACGCGGCUGUUACAGGUGUACCAUACACUAGUUUGAACCCUAACGUUGCCACCAUACCGCAGGGCACAUACAACCCUACCGUCGCCGCCAUACCGCAAGGCGCAUACAGUCCUGGCGUUGCCACCAUACCGCAGGGUACAUAUAACCCUGUCAUUGCCACCGUACCACAAGGCACAUACAGUCCUGCCGUUGCCACCAUACCACAGGGCACAUACAACCCUAUCAUUGCCACCGUACCGCAAGGCACAUACAGCCCUGUCAUCGCCACCAUACCUCAAGGCACAUACAGCCCUACCAUCGCCGCAAUACCGCAAGGUACAUACAACCCUAUCACCAAACAGGUCACAUUCACCGUGGAAAGCGGAAAGGAAUCCCCCAAGCGGAAGAAGAAAAAAAAAUGA